CUAGGUAGGAUAUUUCUGCCUGGGUGUGCACGUGUGAAAUGAAAUGCUUUUUUUUUUUAAAAAACAGAAUAUUCAAUCAAUUCUCGAUUGAGAAAGAUUUUGCUCUCUCGGACGGUAUUCACUGUACAAACCAGGAAAAUUGUGAGGCAUCUUUCAGUCUGUUUGGACUUCAUGUUUACAGAAGAGAGAUGGAGAUGCCAUUAGAAACAAAAAGAAUUUCUCUGUGCCUGAUUCUCUUUGUACUAAAUUUGGCAGCAGCUAUUGAAAUCCCACUUACUGUGCGACAGCUCCCAGCAAUAACAACACAGCCAACAGAUCAGGUUGCUUUCCCUUUUGAUGAGGAAUUUUCAAUCAAGUGUGAAGCUAAAGGAAACCCCCAACCAAUCUUUAACUGGACAAAAGAUGGGAAACCAUUUAGUCUGUUGGAUGACUCACGGAUAACUACAUUUAAUAAUUCAGGAACAUUUGUAGUUAAAAAUCGUGGGAACAUAUCCCUUUUUCAAGGAAAAUAUCGCUGCUAUGCAUCCAAUGAAUUGGGAACUUCUGUGUCAAAGGAAAUUGAGCUAAUAGUUCCAGGUAUUCCUAAAUUUCCUAAGGAGAAGAUUGACCCCAUUGAUGUAGAACAUGGUGAUGCAAUGGUUUUGCACUGCAAUCCUCCCAAAGGAAUCCCACCACUGCACAUUUAUUGGAUGAAUAUUGACUUGCAGCAUAUCCCACAAGAUGAAAGGGUCUCCAUGGGCCUUAAUGGGGACCUUUACUUUGCAAAUGUGGAUGAAAAUGACAGCCGUAGUGAUUAUUGCUGCUUUGCUGCAUUUCCAAAAUUAAGAACUAUUGUACAGAAAAUGCCAAUGACGUUGACGGUUACACGUUUAAAAUAUACUAAUGAUUCCAGUUCAUCUAGUGCAGCCAAGGCAAAUUUAAUCAAAGAAAGAAAACCUAAGCUACUUGUCCCUGAAUCUUCUGGUCCCAGUUCAGAAGUGACAUUUAUGAAAGGAAUGGAUCUUUUUCUGGAAUGCAUUGCUGAAGGACUUCCAACACCCCAUUUAACAUGGAGAAGGAUUGACAGAGGCAGCAUUUUCAGAGGAGUCACUGAGACUUUUGGAAAAGUUUUGAAAAUAGAACAAGUUACUAGAGAUGAUGAAGGAACCUAUGAAUGUGUAGCCUCAAAUGAUUUAGGAGAAACAAAGCAUGAGUUCAAAGUUGGUGUUGAAGAGCCACCCACUUGGGUAAGCAAACCAAAAAGCGGAAUUUUCAGUGUUGGUGGAAGUUUUGUACUGUUUUGUGAAGCUAUUGGCUUUCCUGAGCCAAGUAUAAAAUGGAAAAAGAACGGCAUUCCUCUUGAAGAUAAUGAAAUAAAAUCCAGCAGAGCUGUUUUUUCAACAAGGGAGAUCAGCAUCACUGACUUGGAACUGAGUGACACUGCUGUGUACCAGUGUGAGGCUACCAACAAGCAUGGCACUAUCCUGGCCACAGCAAACAUUGAUGUUCUCAAUAUUCCUCCAGAAAUAUUAACUCCAGAUGGUGAAGAAUAUGUGGCAGUAACGGGUUAUUCAAGUCACUUGUACUGUCAGUUUUUUGCAGUACCCACACCAGAUAUUUCUUGGACUAAAGAUGACAGCAUGCAACUUCUUGAGGUGGAUCAAAAUGGAACCUUGGAGAUUCGAGAAACAAGGAAGGAAGAUGCUGGAUUUUAUACCUGCCUGGUGAAAAACUCUGUUGGGAAACGUGCCAUCACUGCUACUCUCACUGUCAGAGAUGCGACCAAAAUUUCAAUUAUACCUAAGAAUCCACAAGUUUUGAAAUCACAUUCAGUUUUACUGAAAUGUCAUUCUGAAUGUGACCCACAUUUGAAACACCAGUUUAAAAUUUCUUGGAAAAAGGAUGGAGAGGAACUGGAGAUGAAUGACACUGAGGAUGGAAGAAUAAUUAUUAAAAAGGAUACAUUGGUUAUACAAAAUGUGGGCCCAGAAGAUGAAGGACUGUACACUUGUGAAGGAACUACAUUGCUGGAUAGCGCCACAGACGAUUCCCGUGUAAUUGUCCUGGAUGUCCCUGACCCACCAGGAGACCUCCGACUCUCCGAAAAACAGGCGAGAAAUAUUAGAUUAUCUUGGAGCCCUGGAAGCGUUAACAAUAGCCCAAUUAAUGAAUCCAUUGUGGAAUUUGAAGAAAACCGAUUGGAGCCCGGAAAGUGGCAGGAAUUAAUUAGGCUUCUACAAAAUGACACUACAGUUGUUUUACCACUGAUCCCUUAUAUAAAUUACCAGUUCCGUGUUAUAUCUGUCAAUGCAGUUGGGAAAAGUAAGCCCAGCGAACCAUCAGAACGAUAUGAGACACCUCCAGCUGCUCCAGAUAAGAACCCAGAAAACAUUAGAAUUGAAACUUCCAAACCACAUGAGAUGAACAUGACAUGGGAGCCAUUAAAGCCCAUGGAGCAAAAUGGACCUGGUCUGGAAUACAAAGUGAACUGGAAACAGCAGGAUACCAAUGAAUGGGAAGAAGAAACAGUGCAAAAACAUUUCCUAGUAUUGCAGAACACCCCUACUUUUGUGCCUUAUGAUAUCAAAGUCCAGGCAGUGAACAAGUAUGGAUCUGGCCCUGAACCUAAUAUAAUUACUGGAUAUUCAAGUGAGGACAUUCCAGAAGCAGCUCCUUCAAAUGUAAUUGUUCAAGUCAUCAAUAGCAGUCUGGCGAAAGUCAUCUGGUCCACAAUUCCAAAAGAUCGGGUCCGUGGACACCUUAGAGGAUAUAAGAUCAACUGGUGGAAAAUCCGAAACCGUCUGGAUGAAAAAAACCAUCACCCAGAGAAACACUCCUUGACAUUUAAAGCAGACCGAAAUGAUGGAAUGAUUCCUGGUUUAGAGCCUUUUAGUAUUUACCACUUAACCAUCUUAGCUUUUAAUUCCAAAGGAAAUGGACCCGAAAGCAUUGCAUAUGAAUUCCGAACCCCAGAAGGAGUCCCAGAAAAACCACACUUUCUAAAAAUACUAAAUUUUGAUAAAGACUCAGUAACAUUAUCAUGGGGACCACCGAAGAAACCUAAUGGAUUCAUUACUGGAUACACAUUGCAAUACCAAAUGAUUAAUGAGACUGACAACAUUGGGCCUUUGCAUGAAAUCAGCAUUACCAAUUCAUCAUCAUUAAGCUUCCGAUUGUCUAACUUAAGCCUCAGCACAAAAUAUAAGUUCUAUGCAAGGGCCUGUACAGUGCAAGGAUGUGGAAAACCUAUCACAGAGGAAGGAAUAACAGUAAACCAAGGCAGUAAAGCUGUCGGGAAGAUUACUGAAGUUAAGCCCAGCCCAAAGAGUCAGCCUGUUGAGGCACUUGAUCCUGGAACUGCAAACACAAUACGACUAAUGACUAAGAAUUGGGUUGAUAAUAAUAGCAUUUCUGCAGAUGUAAUUGAGACCAGGGGGAGAGCUUACACUGGAAUUUAUAAACGAAUCUCUACACAAGGUUGGUUUAUAGGAUUGAUGGGUGCCGUCGCUUUGCUUACCUUACUGUUGCUUACUAUCUGCUUUGUUAAAAGGAACAGAGGAGGAAAAUAUUCAGUGAAAGAAAAAGAGGACCUGCAUCCAGAUCCUGAAGGCCAGUCCAUAAAAGAUGAAAUCUUUGGUGAAUAUAGUGACAGUGAUGAAAAGCCGCUCAAAGGAAGCUUGCGGUCUCUUAACAUGGACAUUAAAGGUGCAGAAAGUGCUGAUAGCUUAGUGGACUAUGGAGAGGGGGACCACAGGAUGUUCAAUGAAGACGGUUCGUUUAUUGGCGCUUACGCUGGAAGUAAAGAAAAAGCCUCGGUUGAAAGCAUUGGGAGUUCCACAGCUACCUUUCCUCUCCAUGCAUAAAAUAUUAGCAUGAAUUAUUCAUUUCAGAUCAUCGUAUUUAUCUUUACUUCUCAUUGAAUAUUAUACAAGGCAGAAAUAGGCUGCAGAAAAGUUAAAGACCUGGACAUGCAGCAGGUACAGAAACAGGCAGAUGACUUAAAAAGCCGAUUUUUGAAACUUACUCUUUUUUUCAAGACACUGACAUUUUCGAUUCAUUAAAAAUAAAAAAAGGACUCCGAACUAAAAUUUCAUCAUACACAUGUCAUUUAGUCUGACCAAAACGAAACCUUCUUCAGUGUUAUAUAUGUAUUUUGGGAUCUAAUUUCCUCCAGGUCUUUUACAACCCAGUUUUAUAAACAUCUCUAACUGGAACAGCAGUCAAAGAGUUGACAUCAAAUGAGUAUCUGCUACAACCCUACCUUUGAUUUGGGUUUGGCAGACUAUAGAAAGUUAUAACCAAAUAUUAUGGAGAGAAGGUUAUGCUGGCAUGAAUGACACUGUGCUGUCCAAUGGUGCUGGAAAGCUUCAGAAGCUGAGUAGUUCCACAUGUCUCUACAGUAUCCUUUUUCUUGGUCGGUUUUGUGCUGCACAAGGAUAUAAUGCUAAGCCAAUACAUCACGUCUGCCAAUACUCAUUUUUGCUGGUGCGCUUAGUCGGCGAUAAUAGUACAUUAUCUUUCUGUUGGGAAUAACAGAUAGUGUGAUAUAUUCUACUGCAUGUACUACAUUCUGUACACAUACUUGUUAUGUUGUAACUAGUAGUAAUGGGCCCUAGGUUAGAAUUUCCACUUUCUUACACAUUUCUGCUUCUCUGUGUAUGUUUCAAAACCCUCAUUUCAUAGUAAUCCCAUAUUUUUCGGUGUUACAGGGAUCUCCAGGCAAAAACUGUAUAGCAGCAACAAAAACAUUACCUAGUGAUAAUAGUGCAAAGAGUGCACUCUGUGGUACGUCUUAUUUUAAAAAGAUAUGGAAAAGGUGCUGGUGAUAGGAGAAUUUGUAUUCUGUACCUACAGCAAGAUGUUCAAAUAAAUGGUAGCAUGGUUAGAUGAUAUUUUAUGUUUUGCCCACUAGCUGUCACCCUUUCUUUAUGCAAGCAAAUUUAAAACUUUCUUUGGGUUAUAGAAAGUAUAUGACUCUUUCAAAAUUGUGGAGUUCUACUCAAUCCAAACAAGAAAAAAAAAAUCAGGAAAGAGCUGGCUUUUAAAGGAAAUAUGAUUUUUCAGUACUUCAUAUUUGAAUGCCCACAUAUCUUUUCUGAAUGCUUGUAUAUAUUAAGUUUAUACUGAUACUUUCAGGGGAAAUCAUGCUAAUUUUUAUUUUGUCAAGGUGCAACGGCAGCAUGUCAUUAUGGAACUUAGUAGCAGUUUAAUUCUUCCCAGGAAGUUACACUUUUGUGGAUACAAUAUUUUUUUUCCAAGCAAAACAUACUCAGAAUCAUUUCAGUUGAUAAAGAAUUUCCUUCUCAUCCAUAAAACAAAAUAUUCUAAAUCUCUAACUAUGAAUAUUGUGUCUCACUUGUUAAAUCAAAGCAAAUGUAGUUAUUGAAAAGGUUUUCUAUCAAUGCUUUUUCAGUCCCUUUUAGUGUAUAAUAGAGUUGCUACCCAAAGUUUAAUUUUUUUCUGGUAUACAUUAUAGAAAGGAAGACAUGUUAAUUAUAACAAUAAAGAUACUAUUGGUAUGAAAAACCAUCUUGGAAUAAUAUACUUCCCUAUUUUGUUAUAAAUCGUUGUUUGUAGGCUUUUCCAUGCCCAUUUUGUUAAUUUAUAGACAUGCAGAUUAUCUAUUAUUUACAUUAUUCAAUGUUCCUUUUUCCCAGUGCCAACCCAGAUAAUAAAGAUACAAGUAACUAAGCAUUAUCUUCAACUUAGAUCCAUUCAUUUUGGCUAUGAUUUAAUAUUUUGUAAUUGUCAAACAGCAUGUUAUUUAAAAAUUAACCAUUGUCUGUUCAUUAGAGUCCUAAUUAUUUAUUGCAUUUGGACCCAGCACUGUUUAAAAAGAUAAUUUCAGCUCUUAGUCCAUACUAAUGGCUGCUAGGCAAGAUACUACUGUUCAAGUGGUUAGGUACUAAAACAGUUUUUUUAUAAACUCUAUAAACUUGACAUAUAUCUUUUUCCAUUUGGGGUUCUGGUAGUAAUAGAUAUAAAUAUUUCUUGGAGAGGAAGCAGUCCUAUUAUCACCUUCAAUCUUCCCAAACCCCACUAAAAUUAGCCAUUUUGCUUCCAAAAUUUGAUGGCAUGGUUUCAGUCUUGGGGGGGGGGCAAGAUUUCAAGAGGCCACGUGCGGACAACAUUUUCCCUCAAUAUUCAACUCCAACUAUAUUUGAAUUAUAAUUUCCCUACCUUUAUUUUUUAAAAGCUGUUAAAACAAAGACCAACUCUCCUUUGAGUCGGAGUCAGCACUGGAGACUGACAAACUUGGGCACCCCUCUCCAACAUUCUUGCCCUGCUUUUUUAAUACCUUCCCAGCAUUUUCAAACAAAAGGGUUAAAACGGCAAUGGGUAGUAAUGUCACAGAAGAAGAAUGACCUAAAUAGAACAUCUCAUUUGAAGAGUACUUUUCCUUUACAUCUUUUUUUUUUUUUUUUGGCAUGUAAGUGAACCAGAAGAUACAGUGUCACAAUUUGCUAGUAGGACAAUCCUCCUUUAAAAUAAGUCCUUGCUUUAUGUGGAGAUUUGUUGACAACGUUGACCAGAUUUGUAUUCCUUAGAAUCACAACUUUUCUCCAUUUCUUUCAUCUCAUAAUGAGAGUGUUUCUGGAUGAACUGAGAAUGAAGGAAGGAGAAUGAACAGUUCACAGCAGGUAGUCAACUAGUCAUCAGGGAGAGAUUUAUGUUCCUGCUACCUCCAUAGGCAGCUAUUUUUUUUAAUCACAAUUUUUUUUAAAUUGUGAGGAAGAAUAAACAUGACAUUUUGUAUCACUACAGAAGUAUUGCACUUACCUUGCAUUUUUUCUGUUAUAUGAUAAUGGGCUGUUUGUCUAAUUCAGAUAUAGAUGAAUAUUCAAUAUUUAAUGUUUCAUAGUCUAAGGAGAUAUUCUAGUAGACUGUGAAAACCUACUAGUUAACAUUUAGCUUCAGAAGCAGUGCAAAGAAUUUCUGAAGAAAAGUGUAUUCUUAAGAAACAAUGUUGAUAGAUACACACACAAACACACACAAACACCUACACUAGGAACAAAGACCACAGAGACAUUCUGAUACUCAACACCUGAAAAAUGGCAGUAUCUACGAACCAAUGAAAGAACUGCUUUUUGACAGAGCUACAAUAUUCUCUUUUAUUUCUUCCUAAAUUUCUUCUACUAUGACAAUUUCUCCUCCAAAGCAUUGGAUUCUUAAAUAGAUGAUCCUGAGACAUUAAUGGUUUUAUCCCCAAAGGGAUAUUAUCUUUGAACUGAUAGUUUCCAAUAUGAAAUAUCUGCAUAUUCCUGCAGAAGUAUUUGGUUACAGUGUUUGUUGGAGAGAGAGGUGAAAAAAAGUUAAUACAAUAAAUUGAAUUGUUAACACCAGGAUAUGUAUUUUGAUUUUAGCAGAGAUGCUCUGUUUUUCAAUUAAUGUGAAUUUUAGAUGACAGCAAUAUGAUCAUAAAACAGGAAUUAUGCUGUAUUUUGUCAAUACGGAACAGAAAAAGUCUAAUAAUAUUUGCCACUUUAUAAACUGAAUUGAUGAAUUGUCUCUCAGGAAUUUGAACACACAUUCUAGUUUCUUUGGCUCAAAUAUUUCUUGAGGUAUCUCUGAAGAAGGAUCUGUUAAAAAAAAUAAACGUCAAGACAAAUUCAAUUAUAUCUAGUUUACAGCCCAAACCAUCAAGUUAUGAUUGUGGUAUUGUACACAACCAAGCUGUACCAUUUCUUGGCAUAGCAGAAAUUAUGACUAGUUGCUGCUCUUUGUCUAUCAACAAUUUAGUUUGCACUGUAAUCUGUUAAAGAGAAUCAUUUCAAAGACUGUAGGAAGCAUGUGUAACAUGCCAAUUGAAGGUCUAAUGGAUAAGUUCUAUGACUACAACUCUGUAAACUUACCAGGGAGAAAAUCCUAUUUCAUGUAAUUUUGACUAUGUGUCAGUAGACAGAUGGCAGAUAGACAGAAGAAAUUAUUUAAAAGUUACAAUGACAGAUCUGAGAACUGAUUAGAAGAUAGAGAGAAAAAAGAAGAACAAUUUGUCAAUGAGCCAAGAGUAUGCUGCCAAUCAUACUAGUGGUGACCUAAAAACUUUGAGUUAGUCUAACUGCAGAAUUUAAGGGUAAAACAGGAAUGAAAGCACUAUAGAAACUAGAGGUGCGGUGGUGAGCCUUCUACUGCAUUCCUAAAUGUCAGUUGUGGCCUAGUCCUGGACACUUCCACUUUCUAUAAAGUUACAUAACUACAUGGUGAUGAAGUAGUAGCAAUAGUAAUAGCUCUCAAUGCCCCCUAUCAAUCCUUUGUGAUAUUUCUCAUUCAUAUCAUUGAAUCCUGUCCUCAUUCAGUGAUCUGUUCAGUAACUAAAGGAAAGAGUAACCAGCCACAUCUUCAAUUUCCACUAUUUGCACUGAUAUUAAUUUGUUAGUCUAAUCUAGACUUUCUCAACCUGGGCAAGCUGAAGAUGUGUGGAUUUCAUGGCUGGAUGGAGAAUUCUGACAGUUGAAGUUCACACAUCUUCAAGUUGCCAAAGUUGAGAAACAUUGGUCUAACCUAAUAUAAAUUUGUACAGUUGUCAAAUUUAUAUAUAACACCAAAUAAAUCAAGGUCUCACUUGAUUAAAAAAAAUAACCUGUAAAUAUUGCCGCAAAUCAUUUCAGUCAAUUCAAUUUUCUUUGCAAGGAAUUAGCAGGUGCUCAGAACUUGGCCAUCUUGUCUACUAUUCCCCAUUCUAAACCUUAUGGUAUAGGUUUCCUGCCUGAGCAGGGGAUUGGACUAGAGGACCUCCAAGGUCCCUUCCAACUCUGUUAUUCUGUUAUCCUUUUUCAGUUUGUGGCAUGGCAUACCUGAUCACAGCCAUGGUUUUAGGUAGGAAUAAUGUUUAGCUUCCACAUAAUGAGAUAUACUUGUAUACUCUACAUGGAAAGAAAUAUGCUCAUUUAAUUGAGUUUAAACAAUUGGGAAUGAGAUUCUUGAUUCCUUUCAUUAAAUUAGAUAAAAAUAAGAUACAUAAUACCAGGGAAAUCUAUUCUUGUGCUGAUAAAAACUUCUAUUGAUUUAGCAGAAGAGUCAAUGUUUGCUAAUCAGAACAUCAAACCCUUCCCUCCUUCAAAAUUAAAUAUUUAAUUCAAUUUUUUCAGUCCUACCAAACUCUACUGAAUAAGUGGGACUUACUCCUUAUUAAGCAUGCAUAUUAUUGUUCUGUUAAUCUGUCUUUCCAAAUCUUAAAUAGCUUGUUUAUAUGUUAGCACCAUUCAUAAUCUAUCAAGUAUUCAUCUUUGUAAUCUUACAUAAAUUUCAGCUUUUGCACAGAAUUGGUCAGAGCCAAAGCAUUUUUUUUUAAUGUUAUUUCAUGGAAGAAGAAAAAAUGGGACAUGAGUACUAGGUUCUGGCUAUUCCUUUUUGAAAUGAAUGUCCAUGAAAAUUUCUGAAGGCUUAGAAAAAUGUGUUUGUAUGUAGUUGCUGUUUGUAUCAUGCCUAUGUAUAUGUAUGGUUUUUUAAAAAAUAUUUUCAUUCUACAUGAAUUUCAACUUUGCUAAUAAAAGUUUGACUUGAUGUAAUCUUCACAAGCCUAAAUUGAAA